GCCACAGGACCCUUGCGUUGUUGAUCUCAGCUUGCGACUGAAACCUCACCGCGAGUAUCGUGUUGAGAGUCUUGCGCAAGCUUUCUAUGGCGGUCAAUGUCAGCUAUCGUGCCUGUCGGUGAGCUUGGAGUCUGAUCUGCCCGAUGUCACGGUAGCAAUCUUUGAGCUGGACAUAGAUUCGAGUGGUAGACACCUGCUUCCCGAUAUUUGUUGCCGCAGUUUUCUGUGGAUUGGUCGCCCAGGUUUCUAGUCGUGUACGUCUUGCAUCUUCCAGGAUUCCGCGUCAAAGGUCGUGAGAGGGAGCAAUUCACACUUCCGAGCGUUCUUCUGAUGCUCUGUAGUGUUUCUGCUGUCACUUACGACCUGAAUCUGCUGGCGGUUUUCUUUAGACGCAGAGAGCGGAAGGUCUUAGCAACCCUAUUUUAUACCGAAGUCAGUUCUCUCCUGUAUGUUUCUUGAUACUGAUGUUUAUUGACCCCGAUGAUGAAUCCGUCUUAACCACACUGAAUCCAAGGUGCUACCUGGGGGUGCUCAAUGGUCCUGUUUGUGCAGAACUCUUUUCGGGGUUUGUCAAGCGGAGCAGAUUUGGUUACACAGUCAAGUACGAUUGAACCUUACUGCUUUGUUUUGACCUGUCACGAUUUUGGGUGAUGAAGCACGAGCCGAGCCGAGCAUCGCCGGGCUGUUACUGCUAUGUGGAAAAUUGGCAAUUUCUGAGGGCAUAGACUACUACUUCCGACAUUUCUUUCAUCAGUUUGUAUAACAUUGAAGGCCACUCGCUUAUUGAACGUUGAGUCAGCUAGUAGCUCUGAACAUUGACUUCGGAAAGAGCAAUUGACAAUAAACAACCUAUCGAAGCGCAACGAAACUGCUGAGCGGUGAAACCUGCCUUUCAACUAAUUGACAGGUUUAAAGACCUGAAUGUAAAAGGAGAACACGGUAAGAAGGGAAAUUGUAGAAAUGACAGAAGUGUAUAGAAACGAUCAUCUUGAUAGGUUCUCAAUGUGUAGAGAUGACCUUCUUACCGAAAGAACGCGAGACGAGGGCAGAUUAACCACAUAGGUAACGUACGAGGAAAGUGAACGCGUCUGAAGGAUCAAGUACAGAGAUUGAUGGAAUACUUUGAAGACUUUGCUCUCGGGAUUAGGAAGGAAGUGAGAAAUGAUGGACCAAUAAGGAGGCACCUUCUAACAGCUGAAGGAAGCGAAGUUUUGUUACAAGAGCCAACGACGUGAACGGCAGAUACUGAUCAACCCUGCAUCCGCAUGUGGAAUGUUCCUUUGCUCCAGCUCUACUCCAUGCCUCUACUGCUUGGGCAAAGCAAACCUCAAGAGCAAGAGUCCUAAACUCUGACGUUCUAUUUUUACACGCCAACAUUCUGCCAAUUAAUCUACCAAGAUUAAUCUGGCCAGAAGUCCAUAGCACGGAAUGGAAUGCGGGAGUAUGAAGUUACGGUACGGAGACAGCCCUGGAAUUUGCUGGGCAGCUGCGAAUUGGUGAGGGAGUUACGGCAGGAAUGUGUGAUGCUGCGAAUUAUAGAUAACUAAUGUCAAUCUUUUCCUAAGUUUACGGUAAGUUGCGAAUAGGUGACAAAAUUCUCAAUUGAAUCAAUUCUCAAGUUGGGGUAAUUCGCGAAUAGGGGACAAAAUUCUUAAUCGAAUCAACUCUCAAAUUGAGGAAAAAGAAAGAUAAGAAGUAAAAAAAUAUCAACAGUGAAUAGAUAGAAAUAUAAUCCAUCACUUUAUUAUCUUCAUAUCAUUUUUAUAAUAUGUUUUUUUCUAUCAUUGUGAUUUUCUUCUUGGCUAGAUUACAAGAACUCAGAUACGCUUCAUAUUUUCUAAAUUCAUUCAACGUUUUUAAGUACAAAAUCAGUUGAAAUUGAAUUUUCCCUCAUG